CGUAACAACAGGUAGCGGUCUCCCCACUAGUGAGGUAACUGUCAGCCAGCUUUCACCUCGCAGUCUAGUCACCGCGCGCAAAGACACAGCCUCGUCGUUCGUUUCAACAUUAAUAUCGACAUGAAGGCCCUCACGUAUCUGCUUUUCGUGGUGGUGUUGAGCCUGACGCUCCACGAGACGCACAGCACGGUCGCACAGCCGAGAGCACCGAACUUCCAGUAUUUUGAGAGACCGAACUACCGCUACCCGUACUACGACGAGAACGGGCGCGGCAAGCUGCUGUACGGCUACGGAGGCGCCGACCUCUACCAGUACAAGUCCUACUCGCCGCUAGAGGGCAUCCACUGACUGCGAGACACAGCAUGCGGGGACAGAGGGCGCCACUAAUGGAAGAUGGCGAGAAUACUAAAACAACAUGAUAGCGGAAACACAAAACAUCACAUAAUUAGCGCCUCUCUCAAUUAUUAAUGAUAAUAAAAUAGUUUCAAGGACAGAAAAUGGCAAGAACAAAGUUAAGUUCUUAUAAUUAUGUACCUAUUGUAGGUAAGUUUUUUUGUGAUUAUUGUGAUUAGGUAUCAAAAAUGUUUAAGUCACCAAAUAGUUAUAUUUUUUUGUAAAUAGGUCUAAGGUAUUGUGAUAAUCUAACAACUACUUUUUAUUUUAAUAAAAAUGAUAAAAAAUACAA